AUGGACAGCUACUAUGAGUUCGACAUUUGGGAGGCUUCCAUGGGAACACGCAUUGCCUUGGUGUCCGUCUGCGGCGUUAUGACCGCAGUUGGAAUCCUUGGUAACCUCUUGAUCAUAUUCCUUGUUGCCAAGGUGAAAUCGCUCCGGACUACGGUGAAUAAAAGCUUGGCCUUCCUAAGUCUGGCGGAUGUGUUGUUCCUCGUCUAUCAGCCAGUCGUGACGAUGAACUGGGAGUUUGGAGUGGACGAUUCCAACCUAGGAGAACACCUCUGUUAUUUCAUCCUGUUUUACGACAAAGGCGGUGUAUUUUGCUCUACUUUGAUCUUCCUGUUUGUUAGCCUGGAUCGUUAUAUCGCAGUCUGUCAUCCUCUCGUCUCGCUUUACUACUGGUCGGGACGUCGCACAUUCUACGUCCUCACCAGCAUCGUGCUCCUCACCGUCGCUUUCUCUUUCCCCACCUACAUCAUGUCUCGCUACGACACGUUCCCCGAGGGAAACCAGACGUUGACGUUCUGCUACAUCUAUAUCGCCGAGCCAUGGAUGAAGAGCUACGUGGCAGGUUUGGAAGUCAUCUCCAACUUCGGCUCCGUUCCUAUCCUCGUCUUCGUCUACGCUCGCAUGGUCCGUGCGAUCCUCAAGAAGAAGCCUACGGAGGAAGUCGCUCGCGCGGACCACGCGAAAUCCGCGCGCCGGUCGCCGCGCACGCGCACCGUCAUCAUGCUGCUCAUUGCCGUCGUCGUCUUCGUCAUUUGCAGAUUCCCCCGCUGCAUGCUGGAGCUGUUCAACGUUCUCUCGCCGGAUAUCUACCGCUUCGAAGAGGCUCUAGUGAAGCGCGAAAGUUACAUCGUGUACUGGAUUUCCUGGAUUUGCCUCUUCGCGAACAGCCAGGCCAACCCCUUCAUCAUCUUCAUUAUGUCCAGUACUUUCCGAAAGGCCUUCGCCGACGUCUUCUGCGGAUGUCGCCGCAAAGCUGCUAAGAGGUCUGGAAAAGAGACAACGCCUAACACCGUGUCCAGCAAAGUGUCAUCUCAAGCACAAGCAAGUACAAGUUCGCAAGAGCUGCAUGCGACACCGUAA